GAGGUGUUUGGUAUGAAGUGAUCACCUUUGGAGCUCCAGCUGAUCAUCACCAGGGUUUCAAACAUGGAGGAUUGAAGAAGCUGCUCAGCAAACACUCACACCUCAGAGACAGCGUUGUGUCUUACUCCCAGGAGGAGAGCUCCAGAGCCAGGGAGCUUCUGGCUAACGUUGCCCAGCUGCAGCCUCUCGUUUUCGGACUCGCUGAGGAGCUGCUCUCCGUCUCUCUGGAGCAAAACAACGCCCGACUGCAGCCGGUGCUCCACAGCCUCACGCAGCAAACGAAGCAGUUUGUCCACGCUUUAAAAGACGAGCUGGUGAAGAGCGCCUUGAUAGCGAGCCACGACCAUAGCAACCUAUGUGAAGACUCAACAGCCAAUCAGGAGUGGGUGUUGACACCGGGGCAACAGGACGCCUGGCAACAGGAGGCAGAUUACGACGAGGAGGAAUGGGACAGGGCGUGGGCGAAUGUCGGCAUGAGCCUCAACUGCAUCAUCGCCAUGGGUGACCGGCUGCUGGGGAAAGAGGAAGUGACAUCAUCAGGGAACCAAGAAUCAGAUCACUCCCAGAACACCGCCUCCUGGCAGGAGCAGCUGCUCCCCCUGGUGGUGACUCUGAGGGACUGCGUGAGGGAGGCAGAGCUUAAGGCCCGCGUUGCCAUGACGUUCGUAAUGAUGCAGGCGGCGGCGGCCAUGACGGUUUCUGAGGGAACGACAAACAUCGUGCAGCGACGCCACGCCGCGUUCAGCCAGGCGCUGUCGGCCUUGGUGUGUGGUUUCGUGUUGCGUUUGUUCUCAGCUCUGCAGGAUCAGGACUUCCUGCAGCAGCUGAUCUCUGCCGGACUCCUGGUGCAGUUUGAAGCUCUGCUCAGCACCUAUGGUGAGGAGGUGGGCAUGCUGGAGGACAUGGAGGUGUGUGUUUCCGAUCUGAGCCGAGUGACGUUCACCAUCAUCGAGGCAAAGAGCGAAGAACCAGAAGAUCUGCUGCCAACACUGAGAGGAGAAUGGGUCAGUCUGGUGGUCGAGGUGCCGCUGCCUCCGGAGACGUUUCGCUCGUUGCCGCAGGAAGUGAGAGACGGACGUUUGAUCCGAGUUCAUCCGGUCCUCUUUAACAUCGGAAUAAACCAGCAGCAGAGUCUGGCUGAGAGGUUUGGGGACAGCUCUCUGCAGGAGAGAGUGAACCAGCAGAGCUGCGAGCGCCUGAGAGUUUACUGCAACACGCUGAGAGACACGCUGCCCGUGACAGGUACAGGUGAUCUCCUGGCCAUCAUGAUCCCGGAGCCUAAAGGUCGGGAGGUCGCGGCGCUGCUGGAGCGCAACGUGACGGUAACCAUGACGAUCACCAUCGGCACCAGGAACCUGCAGAAGUACGUGAGCCGAACCUCGGUGGUGUUCGUCUCCAUCUCCUUCAUCGUGCUGAUGAUCAUCUCCUUAGCCUGGCUCGUCUUCUACUACAUCCAGAGGUUCAGAUACGCCAACGCACGGGACCUCCCUCAGAGGCGCCUAGGCGAUGCGGCGAAGAAGGCGAUCAGUAAGCUCCAGGUCCGAACCAUCAGGAAAGGAGACCAGGAGACGGAGGGAGACUUUGAUAACUGUGCCGUGUGCAUCGAGGGAUACAAGCCCAACGACGUGGUGCGAAUUCUGCCCUGCAGACACCUGUUCCAUAAGAGCUGCGUGGACCCCUGGCUGCUGGACCACCGGACCUGCCCCAUGUGCAAGAUGAACAUCCUCAAAGCCCUCGGCAUCGCUCUGAACGCAGACUGUCUGGAAGACCUCCCUCUGGACUACGACCUGACCGUGGGGGGGGUCGGGGGGGCGCUGGCUCUGGAGGCCGUGGUGUCGGGGGGGUCGAGCGACGGGACCCUCAGUGAGGGGGGGGGCUCCUCCGUGCUGCUGGACCCCGGGGUCAGGAGGGUGGGAUUGCCUCAGGACUACCAGGACCCUCUGAGAGACAGCCCUGUUACCAUGAUUACUGACACACUCACAGGCGAUCUGCAGCCGAUGGCGAGCAGCUCCGUGGCGUCGCUGGUCAUCACCGUGGAGACGGGUCUGUCGGACGAGGAGGGGACCGGGGAGCAGAACCAGCUAGGGGAAAAGUCCUGAGAGGAGCCGAACCUGAACCAGAACUCAGUGAUUAGGUUCAAAUUAAACCCUCCGGAGAACAAAGAUUAAAAAGGAGAUUAAACGGUUUGUUGAGACGGAUUUAUUUGGGAAGGAAACUCUUUAAAAGCUCUGACUUUUGACUGAAGUUGGAACUAAAACCGGAACCAGAGUUUGGGGUUUUCUCUUUGGACCUGGACCCCUUUCUGACUAGACUUUGAACAGGUUGUUCCCGGUGUGGAUAAACCUGUGAGUGUUGGUUUGAAUCUGGACUCAGAGGACCUGGUUUGACUUCCCUUUCUGAGUCUCUUUCUGGACGCUUAGCGGGUUUGAAACCAGAACUGUUCGGAUUUUAAACCCUCCAGAGAACAAAGAUUGAAAAGGAGAAUAAACUGCUUUGUUUAGACACACUUAUUUGGGAAGGAAACCUCUGUAAGAGCUCUGACUUUUGAAUGAAGUGGGAUCCAAGCUCAGAACCAGAACCAGAGUUAGUUUAGGGUUUUCUCUUUGGACCUCGCUCAACCGACUUAUCUGGACCCCCUUUGGACUAGAACAGGUCUAGUAACACCUGUGAGUGUAGGUUAUAAUCUGGACUCAGAGGACCUGGCUUCACUUUCAGAGUCUCUAUCUGGACAUUUGACGGGUUUGGAACCAGAACUGGACCUGGGUUUUAUCCAUUGCGUUCACUUGGAUUUACCACGUGUUUCCCGACUGGAAUAUAUAACUCUGGAUGUGUCCAAAAACGUAUUUCCUGGUCCUCUAAAUUUCAUUUCAAAUACGGUGGACGUUCGUUACUCAACGGACCUAACGAGGGUCGGACGGGAUUCACACUGAGCCACGUUUUAACUCUCCGGUACUCACGAAAAAAGGGUACAAUCCGGAGAAAAUCAGCGGCCAAAAAGGUUUAUCCUUCAUCAGAAACACUGGAGGAUCUUUGAUGCGUGCUUGAGGACAACAAACGCCACGUUGUGUUGAAAUCUAGAUGUACCUGUUUGUUUCUGCCGCUCUCUGGACCUUUUUGUGGAAUAUCCUGUUACCUGGUGUUUCCAGGUCGGACAGCUCAGCAGAAGCCCCUCGCGGAGGUUUGAUUGUGGUUGUUUUCGCUCAUUUUGAUUUGCCGGCCAACAAUGUCUUGAGGCCUUUUAUCUUGAAAGGUUUGUUUUCCCGGUGUUUUGCCGACUCGUCGUGGCAGUAUUACAGCUUCAGUGACUGCAGUAUUGAAUUGAAGUUCUCACAGUAUUUUUGUUUCUCUUUCUGCCUGUCGGUUUAAUUCAGGCUCCUCUAUCUUCAGAAGAACUGACAGUAUUCGGGUGUACGUUCUGGCAAAAGCUCUGUACAAAAUAAUAUAAGGUGUGAUAGGAAAGAUAAUAACGACUUUAAAGCAAAGAUGGAAAUAAGUGUUUGAAACUUUACACAAAUCCUGCAGCUUGGGUCGGGAGAAAUGCCAAGAUGAUGGAGGACAUUAUCAAUAAUUACUUUCUCUAACUACGUCAUUUAAAUGGAAACAAACAUCCCCGAGGCUGGGCAGACACUGCAUGUUUAUAUUGUUUUUUUAUUUUAACGAUACACAAAAAACGUUAAUCCUCGAUGCAAAGCUAAUGCUAAAGCUAACUUAAAAACCCUAGUCGAUUUUGUCAAGGGACAAUUCCCGAUAAAGUUGAUUUAAACUAGGGCUUAAUCGUAAUUAUAUCAGAAUUGUAAUAUGGGCUAUUGCGAUAUCCAAAAAGUAGAAAGUGCAAUAUUUGAUGAAGACAAAAUGUGAAAACACAAUAAUUACAGAUCAUUGUUAAACAUAAAAUUGUGAUAAUUUUAAUGUAUUUUUCCAUAAAAAUGGGAAUAAAGACGCUGUAAUCUUCAUUCCCUCACAUAUCGUGAAUCCUAUCGCAAUUGCAAUGAGUCAAAAUAGUCGUAAAUUAAAUAUUUAUUCAGUUAAAUAUAGUCCUAUUUUUGUCUUCAGCUACGAACAUUUCCAAAAAUAAUCAAAAAAAUACUACUUUAGUUAAAUGUAAUAUUGCGUAGAGUUUAUAAACGACAAUUUGAAGCUAGCCAUAUUGGGAUUUUUUUUGUCGUAGAAUUAACAACUACGUAAAUAUCAGAAGUACGCCGAUGUGUCAUAAUCGGCAAAUCUGGCACAUUUUACGAGUCGGAAGUGACGUCUACAAUCCUGGUUUAUCUAUGUAGUGUCUGCCUGGCUAAAGAAAGAGUUAGCGUUAAAAUACCACGUAUGAUUCUUUUUUUUUUUAAACACGUAAAACCCUUUUAGCGUUGUUUUGUUUCUCUGUCCGUCCGUCUGCCAGCCUCACGCUGCCUUUAAAAAAAAAAAAAAACCUUUAAACCCUGACAAUCAAAUAUCCGAUCUUUCGCUCGUGACUCUACGAUCUUUUUCUGAACCUCGCCACUAAACGGUGUUCGCUGCCAUUCCCAGAGUUCAAACGCCACCAAAGCAAUGUGUGAAAGACGAGGAAAAGUCUGAGAUAGUUUAGCGAAGAAUCCCUCCCUUUAGGGGCUGCACAAUUUAUCGGAAUUUACCGCAAUUCGGACUCGUACGAUAUCAACAUACGCUAUAUUUGAUUAGCUCCAAUAAUGUGUCGUCAUAGCAUUCGGAAAAUACCAUUUGUGGUCCCGACAUACGAAAAAUAUUUGUACCAUGAUUAUUUUAGCAUAAAUAGAAAAUAGAAAAUCCAAUAACGUUAAAAAUCGCAAUUACGUAUUUCCCCCUAAACUGUGCGUCCCUAUUUCCCCCACGUUAGCCGUUAGCAUGUAAAUAUAAAAUGUAUAUUCCACACGUUCGCUGGCGCCGAGAGAGAAAGAGAUUGUCGUCUAUUUUGAUACCAGAGGAGACGUUUUAUUUUUGUAACGAAGACCCCGAGCAGCAGAGACUGACNCCCCCCCUAUGAGAUUGAGUGUUAUUUUAAGUGUUGAAUAUUUGUGUAAUUGUACAUACAGAUGACGUUGGCAAUAGGAAUCUAAAAUAUUGUAAUUUGAGUGUAUUUUGUUUUGAAGCCUGAUGAAAUCUGAGAGAAUGAAGGCUGGAGAAUGUUUUUUAUUUUAAGGACGUAAUCCUCAACAUUGAAUUGUGUUCAAGACCUUUUUUUAAAGCUCUGCGUGUACAUAGCGUUGUUUUUCAGAUCCUCCGUGAUUUUGAACAAUAAAAAUCCGCCUCUAAAAUCUGAAAAAAUGCCAAACAUAACGAGGUUUAUAAGAACUGGAGUUGGUGUUUCCAGUCAAACCAAUAAUGUCUUCCUCCUUUGCUUCCCUCUUCCUCUUCCUCUCAGUAUAAAACACUUCUUGUACACACAGGUGUCUUAUAUAAACGUGAUGGGAUUGUACGCCUUGUUUUGGCCAUUUUUCUUUCCGUGUAUAAUGUUUUAAUUAAACUUCCUUUCAUGUUUUA